AUGCCUUUAAACAUUCCCUUCCUUCGAGGGAAGGCUUCUCCUCCAGAGAAUACUGUUGGGGAGCCCAUUGAUCAUGCUAUAACUACGUCCUCUUCGGAGAAGGAGAAUGCAAAGUCCACGGGGAUAGAGAUUUCCGAUGUUGAAGCAAAUAGGAGGUUGGACCUGUACCAUCGCACCCACAAAUGGGACCCUAACCUCGGGGAUGAUACUCUUGAUGAGGUUGCGACUGCCACCGCAUUGAAUGACUCCAAUGCGCAAAAUCCAUUGUUUGUUUCGAAUCUAACAUUCUGGAAGGUUAGGGCUGCUGUGCGAAACUACGACGAAGAGCUCCCUGCAAGUACAUUUCGCGCGUGGGCUAUUGGAAUGCUUUUGACGACUAUUGGUUCUGGGCUCAACAGUUUGUUUUCUCUCCGAGCGCCGGCCAUUAUCAUUACUUCGGUUGUCGCCCUACUUGUUUCGUACCCAAUUGGUGUUGCUUGGGCCAAAAUCGUACCAUCAAGGACUUUCAAUACUUUCGGGCUGAAAUGGAGCACCAACCCAGGUCCGUUCAAUGUCAAGGAGCAUGUAUUGAUUGUUGUCAUGGCCAAUGCGUCGUUCGGCAACGGUGUUGCAUACUUUACCGAUACUAUCCAGGCACUAAAAGCUUUCUAUCACACUGACUACGGCUGGGGAUUUUACGUAUGUCUUGCUCUUAGCACCCAAAUCGUUGGUUUCGGAAUAGCUGGUAUUGUUCGCAAGGUCCUAGUUGAGCCAGCUUCCAUGAUUUGGCCACAGGACCUGGUCAGUGCUACGUUCAUCUACACCUUACACGAUAAAUCAGCAACCAAUCCUGCCGAAACCAAUGGAUGGAAGAUCGGUCGUUAUCGAUAUUUCCUUUACGUUUUCUUGGGGUCUUUCUUUUGGUACUGGUUCCCAGGCGUAAUUGCCCCGUGCCUAAGUGUUUUUGCCAUUGUUACCUUUAUAAAGCCGAAAAACGUUAUCCUCAAUCAACUAUUUGGUGGCUGGACUGGCCUUUCACUCAUCCCCAUAACUUUUGACUGGACUCAGGUGACAGGAAACACUCUUAUUGGAACCAUUGGCUUGUUCAUCUUUGUUACUUGUGGACUGCACUAUUCCAACCACUGGUAUGCGCAGUACCUCCCUAUCAGUGAUUCGACUACAUACGACAACAUGGCAAAGCCGUAUAAUGUCUCGAGAAUAUUGAGUCCUGACUUCACUCUUGACGAGGAGAAAUACAAGGCGUACUCCCCCCUCUUCCUAUCGACCACUUUCGCCCUGACUUAUGGAUUAUCAUUUGCCUCCAUUGCAGCAGUCGUCACACACACUGCCCUAUUUCACGGACAACACAUAUGGACAGUUAUCAGGGACAGCCGAGGCGAAUUGGACGAUGUCCACACCCGUAUGAUGAGGAAAUACAAGAACGCCCCCUGGUGGUGGUACAUAACCCUUCUCGCAGUUUGUGUUGCCCUUUGUCUCGUCACCGCUCUUGCCUGGCCUACACACCUCACCUGGUGGGCCUUACUACUUGCCCUUUUCAUUUCCCUGGUCAUGACUAUCCCCAUUGGUGUGGUUCAAGCAACGACAAAUAUCCAGUUGGGAUUGAAUGUUUUCACCGAAUACAUCAUCGGCUACAUGCUUCCGGGAAGGCCACUCGCCAUGAUGUUGUUCAAGACAUAUGGUUAUAUCACCAUGGUUCAAGCCCUUUCAUUCGUACAAGACCUAAAACUUGGUCAUUACAUGAAAGUUCCUCCGCGAUCACUGUUCUGGGGACAGCUUGUUGCCACGAUCUGGUCGUGCAUUGUUCAACUCUGUGUCCAGAUCUGGGCUUUGGAUAACAUCGCCGAUAUCUGUCAGCCACACCAAUCCAACCGGUUCACCUGUCCUCAGGGAAGAGUAUUCUUUGGUGCGUCUGUGAUCUGGGGUGUCAUUGGCCCUGCACGUAUGUUCUCUGGCAACGCACUCUACUCUAGCCUCCAGUAUUUCUGGAUCGUUGGUGCACUCAGCCCUUUGCUCUUCUAUGCACUAGCCCGCAUAUUCCCUCGUUCAAACGCACGAUUUUUGAGCGCACCCGUCAUCUUCGGCAGUGUACUAUACAUCCCUCCCGCCACUCCAUUGAACUAUUUUGCAUGGUGUAUGGUCGGCUUUGUUUUCCAGAAGUAUAUUCGCAAUAGGUUCCGUGGCUGGUGGAUGCGCUUCAAUUACAUCACCUCUGCGUCCUUGGAUGCAGGCUUGGCUAUCUCGACCAUUGUUGUCAUUGCAGCUAUCAAUUUGACCGGCUCCAAGUUCCCGUCUUGGUGGGGUAAUACUGGUUCUAUGGAGACACUGGAUAACUUGGGUGAGGCAAUUCGACAGCCUUUGGCGAAAGGCGAAACCUUUGGCCCUGCAACGUGGUAG